AUCGAUGUGUUCUGGGAUCCUCCCUCGGCUCGAAUCGACAGCAACUAGUCUGGUCUAUCCAAAAUGGCGACGCACACAUAGGAGACGAGUGCGAUGCCUUUGUCGCGUCUCUUAGAUUUCUGACUUAUGAAUUAGAACUUAGCCAUGUUUACAAACAUAACCCUGCGGACUAUUUUGAAGUCCUCGUCGGCCAUUCUGCGAGAGAGUUGCGGCCCUGUGUCGCCUCACCGCGACAGCUGCUCGGCGCUGCUGUCGGGACCCAAAGUCAGCCGUGUGUCAGGAAGCUUUGCCUCUCCACCAUUAGUACGGCAAUAUGCUCGCACAUCCAAGAAAAAAGACCCAGGCCCCCAGAGUCAACUCAGCGACCUUCCUCCAACCAUGUUGAAGAAGGAUUAUGCGGCUGUACCCCUCGCUCAAACGACGGACGGUAUUGUCAAAAGACUUCUUUCAUUGGAGCUGGCCAAUCAUAGUGAAAAACUCCGGCUGAAAACGGAACAGCUGAUCAGCAAAGUGCAGCGCGAUGAAAACGACCGCACCUCGGUGGAAGUGCGGGUGGCCAUUCUCACGGCAAGAAUCCGGAACCUACAGGAGCAUAUGCUCAAACAUCACAAGGACAAAGCCAAUAAGAGACGCAUGCUCAUGGCCAUCGACAGGAGGAAAAAGUUGUUGAAGAACCUGAGGCUUGUCCGCUAUGACACCUUCGAGAAGGUGUGCGAGCAGCUGGGCAUCACCUACACCUUCCCCCCAGAGUACUACAGGAGAGCCACUCGCCGCUGGGUGGCCAAGAAGGCCUUUUGUAUAAAGGUCUUCCAGGAAGUGCAGAAGAAGAAGAAAGCUGCCGCUGCUGCUGCUGCUGCUGCUGCUGCUGCUGCUGCUCAAACAGAAGCUAAGAGCCAGUAGAUGCAACCAAAUGUCCAUCCAACUUUACUCUGUUCUGCUUUAUCUGCCAUUCAU